GUUUCUGGUAAUACGCCUCUUGGCGAAUAUUGGCAUAGCAACCCAUUUUAAGGCGUUUCCGGCAGCCAUUAUCGAGUUGUUCUUCGCCGGGUCUGAGUGAGGGUCAGCGUGGAUGAAAAACUUAAAUAAUUAUCAAAUUCUCUCCUAAUCGAGAGAUACCUACUCGACCGUAGAACUCCACGUAAUUACGAUCUUCACUAAGUAGCAGAAUGCAGUACAACGGCUUCAGUAAUCAACAUCCUAUUUUCAGGCCCCGUCCAGACCGGAAUGAACAAUUCGGCAAAAUACCGUUUUUCGGCGGUCUUCAUGAUUUUGGAGGGCCCAAAAACUUUGGUCCUAGAAACAACAACAUUGGCAAUAAAAAUAAUUUUCGCCCAAGAAACGACUUCAAUGGAAUGAGGCCAGAUUUUAAUCAGAAAAGUGAGAAUGGAAUUCAAACUGAUUUUGGUGGCCCAAAAGAGUACCGCCCAAGGAACAACUAUAACAAUCAACCUCAAAAAAAAGAUUAUGAGGACAAAGGCCCUGGAGGAAAUAUGCAAUUUUAUAACGGUAAACCUGACUUUGGUGGACCAAAACAACAGGGUGGCUUCCAACACAAAAAUAACUAUGGACCCAAGAACUUCAAUAACCAAAACGGUCACAUGAAUCAACAAAACUUUGCACAGAAGAAAACUUUUAACAAUCCGAACAUGGGUCAGCAGCCUAAUGAGUUUAAUGGCCGCAAAAUGCAAAGCAUGAAGGCUAAACACCCAGGAGAUAGUUUGGUGAAGCCCAUGUGGGAUAUGGCUAAUCUUGAGCCAAUUCAAAAGGAUUUUUACAAGCCACAUGCUGAUGUUGAUUCCCGAUCUGAGGAGGAUGUGAAGAUGUUCCGUGCUACAAAAGAAAUAAUUGUAAGUGGUAACAAUGUGCCACGCCCUAACCAAGUAUUUGAUGAAGGAAAUUUCCCUGAUCACAUAAUGAAUACUAUCAAAGAACAAGGUUGGGUUGAACCCACUGGAAUUCAAGCUCAAGGCUGGCCUAUUGCUCUUUCUGGCCGUGACAUGGUCGGUAUUGCCUCCACUGGGUCUGGUAAGACUUUGGCCUACAUGCUUCCUGCUGCUGUUCAUAUUGUGCAUCAACAGCGCAUCCAAAGGGGAGACGGCCCAAUUGCUCUCAUUUUAGCCCCAACGAGAGAGCUAGCACAGCAGAUUCAGUCUGUGGCACAGGCUUACAGUGCCCGUGGCCUUAUCAGAAAUACUUGCCUCUUUGGUGGCUCUCCUAAAGGGCCUCAGGCUAGAGAUCUAGAAAGGGGUGUUGAAAUUGUUAUUGCCACGCCUGGAAGAUUAAUUGAUUUCCUUGAGCGUGGUACCACAAACUUGCGCCGUUGCACAUACCUGGUCUUGGAUGAAGCUGACAGAAUGUUGGACAUGGGCUUUGAGCCUCAAAUUCGCAAGAUUAUCGAGCAAAUUCGCCCAGAUCGUCAGGUUUUGAUGUGGUCAGCUACAUGGCCAAAAGAAAUUCAGACUUUGGCUGAAGAUUUCUUAAAUGACUAUAUCAAAGUGAAUAUUGGGUCAUUGAAUCUCUCUGCCAACAAUAACAUCAAACAAAUAAUUGAGAUUUGUGAGGAACAUGAAAAAGAACACAAACUUACCAACCUCUUGAAAGAAAUUUCAUCUGAGAGAGACAACAAAGUUAUUGUUUUUGUUGAAACAAAGAAAAAGGUGGAUGACAUUGCGCGUGCUGUUCGCCGUAACGGCCACAAGGCCCUCGCUAUUCACGGAGACAAAUCGCAGCCGGAACGCGACGCCGUCCUCACGGAGUUCAGAAACGGCGCCACUACCAUUCUUAUUGCUACUGAUGUGGCAGCUCGAGGUUUAGAUGUCGAAGAUGUAAAAUUCGUUGUCAAUUUUGACUAUCCUAAUUCAUCCGAGGAUUACAUUCACAGAAUUGGGCGUACUGGCAGAUGUCAGCAGUCUGGCACUGCUUACACCUACUUCACCAGUGGAGACUCGCGCCAGGCUCGCGCUUUAGUUGCAGUGUUGCUGGAAACUGGGCAGACGCCGCCUGCUAAACUGAGCGACAUGGCACGAAACAAUAAUGGUAGCUCUGGACGCAACCGUUGGCAACAACGCAAAGAUAACAACAGCGGUUCAAGUUCGCCGCGCCAGCAGAGCAAUCAGUGGAACAAUAAGAUGGCUAACAAUGUUUCUAAUGAAGACACACAGAAUAUGUAUCAAAACCGCAACAUGAACCAACAACCACCACGAUUUAACAACCAAAACCAAGGCAAUAAUCAGGCUUACAGACAGAAUAAUUUCCAGAAGCAGGUGCCUUUCCCAAGCCCUAAUAUGUUCGAGUCUAUGGGCAACUAUCAAGGCGGAUAUAAUAAUGGCUACCAAAAUGGAUACAACAAUCAGAAUGGAUAUGGACAGCGCACAUACAACAAUCAGCGCAAUGGAGGACAACAGUACCGUAAUAAUAACGCAAAUGGUAACAAACCAAAUGGCUCAUCUGGAUCUUCCUAUGGAUCUCCUCCACCACACUUUGCUACUCCUCCACAUUACCCACAGAUGCAUCCUCAUCCUCAGGAUAUGCUGGGCGGCAAGUUCUACGGCGGCGGCGUGGGCGUGGGCGGCGGCGGGCCGUGCGGCUACCAGGCGGCCGUGGGCGGCGGCGUGCCCUACGCGCACCUGCCGCCCGGCCCGCUGCUGUACGCGGCGCCCGUGCAGCAGUAAGAUCACCGUCCCAAGCCCGAUUUGUCGGUACUGUCGCCGGUUAUAUAGUAAGAACUUCGAUUUGGGUUGUACCUCGACUCGAAACAUCUUUCGUUCGUUGCGAUGUCAAAUUUUCGAUAUUUCCCGUUCUGACCGUAUUUUUGAGAGUCGAGACUUUUUGUUAGGUCACUUUUAGUUCAUUUUUUUAGUAUUUCUUGCAGAUCUGAAUGAAGCUUACAAAAUAUGCUGAAUAGUAUUUAGAAGACGUUUGAUUAUACUAUUUUAAAAGGUGAUUGACAAUGUCAAACGAGAUACAUUUUUGUGAAUUCUCUUUCAGAUCAUUAUACGAAUAUAAUGUGUGUUAUGUAAUAAGAUGUAAGGUGUAACGUAACAAAACUUGUCGUUUUCACCUGUAGAUUUAUCGUAGCCCUUUCAAAGCUCGACUGGGUUGGAAAGGGUUACUAACUGUAUUUAGACUAGUUGGUGUGGGUACCCUAUUGUGUAAUCCCGGGUGCCUUUUCGUUUUCUUUUAUAAUGUCUGUAUGAUGUACGAAAUGCACGAAACAUAUAGAAGAUGAAAGGUUAGAAGAUGUAUGGAGUUUAGGGGAAAAGUAUUCUCUUGAAUGUUUUAUAUAAAUUAUUUUAUUGUUAAUUAUUGAUCUUAUCCUGAGGAAAAGUGGGACUUAGUAACGCGUUUAAUCACUAAAUCUGUAUUGCCAGAUAAAAUUGUGAAUAUUUUUCUUAUGUAUUAUAAAGUGAUGUCAAUGACAUUUCAAGUCACUGAUUUCAAAGUUAUUUUUUUAUUGAAGACUUCUUGAAUAAUACUUAACCACUGAAUAGCUUCUCGAAAAUAUUAAAGUAUGUAAAUAUAACAUGCAUUUACCUUAGGAAGAGAUAGCUGAUGAUGAUUAUUUGUUUUUCGAGUUUAUUUAUGGGUAUAACGGGCUGGUUAUAGUAUAAUCGGCACAAAAUACUAAAGUUUUUAAAAGUAAAAGUAUCGUGUAGGCAGCCGUUACUGUCCAAAGAUUUUGGAAUAAUCUGUGAUAUUUCAUUACUGUAACCUGUCUGCGUUGGUCAAUUGUUAAUACAAGACAAAAAUAUAUUUUUUGACUAUUUGAACGAAUUACAAGACACGUUUGCAAGUCGUUCACAGAUAUUUAAUGAUAUAAUAUAAGUUUUCAGUUUUACCGUUAGGGACGUAAACGGUAUCUUCAUACGCACUAUACGUAUAUAGCAACCAUAGGGGGUGAACAACGUGUUCGUAGGUCUUGCGUGUUGGUAGGUUAAGUUGCCGAGCACUCUCUCGUGCCGGUACUGAUAUGGAUUAUCAACAAGGUCCAAUUAUAGUAGCUUUCAAUACUUGCUUGAAGUUGAAAGAAUUAAAACGCGAGGACUUUGUGUACAUUUUAAGAGAAAGACUGUGCGAAAAAUUUGUCUAUAAGAUGAAUUUUCCAGUGCUAGCUAGCCUGUCUUUGGAAUCGCGAUUACGAAGUAGUUAAUUGCGUGCGUAUUACGGCAAGCGUGUGUGUCGAGUAUGGUCGCGGAUCGCAGGUAGCUCCUGUAUUAUUAUGUACAAAGUACUGCACCCACCUCUACUAAACAACUGUGAUGUUAAUAUGUAAGUAGCGUAAGUAGUUACGUCCAAGAGAAGGGAUGACAUCAUAUCUGACAUUUAAUAUCGGAGCGUGCAUUCAGCACGUUUUGAUUACGUUUUCUCUAAACAAGACAAACAAGACUGAUUAUUUCUUAUUGAUAAAUAUUUUAUACAAGUUCACUUUGGAUGAAUCAAGAUGUCUGUAUUUAUAAUUGGUAGUAUUCUUCUCUCACGCUGUGUGUUUCCGGACAGCUGUUAUCACUAUGUUCGUCUUUCUAAAAGCGGUCACCAAGAUACUAAAAUGUUCAAAAAUUUGUUUAGAAAACAUUAGUUUAUUGUUUCCUUUGUGAUGAAAAAUGUUGUUGACAAAUUAUGUGGCAGCGGCAGUUUAAACACGUAAUUCUUGAGAGUUAAUUAUUAUUUGUUGUUAAUAAGCAAAAUUUUAUUUAUUAUACCAACCGAGGUUUGUGAAAAAUAUACAUAGAUUUUUAAGUAUGUGGCAAUGCAGAUCCUCAUGAAUAUCGAUGCCUAUUACUGCGAAAGUAAUAGCUAGUAUUUAUUAAAAAACAAAACUGUCCCAAAGGGAAGUCUUCUGAAUGUUUCUGAGAAGUGCAUUUCUUCUAUGUAAUACAGUAUUAAAUUCCGAUUAAUAAAUGAAUGUAUAAUUAUUAA